GUAAUAGUGAUCGUGCCGAUCGGACCUUGUUAAACAGCUUUCGUGAACUCACGCCGCCACUUUUACCGUUAUACGUUCAUUUCAUUUAGUGAACGGACGUGGUUCGCUCGCCGAUUUACCUGCUUACCUUUCGUUCCCGUGUCAUCACAUUCUAAUUAGUGCUAAUUGGAACAAGGAUAUCCUUAGCGAGCGCAUUACUGUUCAAUUAGUCCUCAGUGUUGUUCACCGCGUCAUACAGCCGCUAGCGGUCCGCCGGCUACGUUCGCGUAAACAAGAUAGUGCCAGCUAGGCACCAUGCGGUUGCAGCCUUUGCCAUAUGCCGCGUAAUUUUUUAAAACAAAUUCACCUGUGAACGUCGUAAAAACUAGUUGUUACUUUCAGUGAUAUUGUUAAAGUGUGCCGGGACAAUUUCAGUGUAUUUUUCAAUUGUUUUCAUACAACUUGUGAUUCAUCAAUGUUGAUGUAACAGACUUGAAGUGUGGUGUAAAGAUGGAUAAAAAGCUUGAUCUCCUGUCGCUCAUUGAGUCGGACUCAUGGACGGCGUCCGACGACUUCUUGGAGAACAUCUUCUCCUUGGAGCAGGGCUCGCUGGACUUUCUCGGCGAGUCUAUGCCAGACUUCACCCUGGGCCCUGACAAUGUGUCGCAACCCUCAGAAGCUCUCAGCAGUUCGUGUUCUGACAGUGGAUUGUCCAGCGAUCCGGCAGAGUUCGACUUCGAACAGCAACUAUCGCCAUUCCUUAUACAAAACUCGUGCGAUGAGGAGAGCGGCAGGACGGCCGGCCUCGAGCCGACCAGCCCCGCGAACAUGCAAGACGUCAUCAUCCAGGACUCGAGCGACGCGUCCAACAGCUCCAGCGAGGUGGUGGAAGACGCCUUCGACAUGUCCGACUUUGCCCAGAACGUUGUGCCUAGUUUUAUUAACAAGAAUACACUCCAAAGCCCUGGUAAAGGGGGUAGAAAACGUCGUCUGUCGUCAACACCUCAGAUCGCAGUACAGCCCAAAGUACAAAAGCCGACAGUGAAAAUCCCUGUAAACACACAGAAGCCGCAACUGGUCGUCAAGGCGCAACCGCAAAAACCCGUCAAAGUCGCCAACAUACAAGUGUUGAGUCCGCAGACUAAAGUCUACUCAAAGCCAGUGGAAUCCGUCGCGCCCCAGCGAAGAGUCAUACGAGUCGCACCUAUGGCCGGCAAUCCCAGAUCAAUACUGCUUCCAGUAACGAUAAAAGACAUGAAAGAUUUGAAAUCGAUAAAGAUCAUAAACGCGGCGGAUUUGAAGAACGCAUCAAACAUAAAAUUGGCGGCGGCGAAUCUUCUAUCGCAGACGAAACUGCACGAUCUCAAAACCGAGACCCGUAAUGACUACGAAUACGAGCAUAACAGCACCAACUGCGAUGAUUCAGGUAGUGAACGCAGCGAAGAAGAGGAUGACCAUAAAGAGCCAGUCGACGGCAGGAAUGGAUAUCCCCGUCUCGUUCUAACUGCAGAGGAAAGGCGGUUGUUGGCAAAGGAGGGAAUCACCUUACCGACCAGCUAUCCACUUACUAAACACGAAGAGAGGGAACUAAAGAGGAUCCGACGCAAGAUCAGGAAUAAGAUCUCCGCGCAAGAUUCUAGGAAACGCAAGAAGGAAUAUGUUGACGGGCUUGAGGAUAGAGUGAAGCAGUGCACAGCCGAGAACCAGACGUUAAUUAGGAGGAUAAAGAUACUGCAAUCGCAAAACCAGACCCUGACGGCACAAUUGAAACGAUUGCAGAACGUGCUAACCGGCGUGACGAGCGGGUCGCCGGGCAAGUCGGCGCAGCCGGCCACGUGCCUGCUGGUGCUGCUGCUGUCCGUGGCGCUGGUGGCGCUGCCGUCCAUGCGCGAGGAGCGGCCGCGCGACCACCACCACCACACCACGCCCGCCGUCACCAGGGCGCUGCUCUCCGCCAACAAUAAAGUGGCGCUCGAUGAGACAGUCAUCGAUGAUGGUGAAUUCAACAUGGACGAGCUCAUUACCUUCAACCGCCCGCACUCGGACCACGACUACCAGGUCGUCAAGAACCUUGAUACACACAAAGUCUUGCCCAAUGGAUACGUCGAUCUGCCUAUAGACGAGGACUGGCCGCCCAACUUGAAGAAACGCAUGAAAAAACUGGAAUUUGACUACGAGGACGGCAGAGAUUAUCUGCCACCUAUCGUCAAAGAGGAGAACUACGAAAACUCCUAUAAACUAGACUCGAAAUUCAGAGCUGAUGACGAUAUCGGCGGCGGGUUUUUGACCAACGCUUUGUUGUCUACGGGGCGAAAACUAGGCGAACUUCUCGACGUGAUCCCUCCCAUACCGGUCAAGAAUGAGGAUAUCGUCAUAGAAGAGAUCUCGGACUACGAAUCCAGGAACACCACGGAAGUGAAAAGUUUUGUCGUCAACGGCAGCCUCAACGAAUUCUAGGCUAAGCACAGAUUAUACAUUUUAUAAUUCCUUUAUAUUUUCGCAGAUUUUUUUCCAUUUUAGCUAAGUUAUAAAAUUUGGAUGAAAUUAUUCCUGGUUUGUUUGAGUUAAAAGGUGACGUAUGUAUGCAAUGUUGAAUGGCUUUAUAUUUUAUAUUACUGUUAUUUUAAGUUAAGACAUAUGUCCUUACAUAAUAAUUUCUAUGUUAGUGAGAUCGUGAACUGUUUUAUUUUAACCAUAAUAUUUACCAGAGGUGAUUUAGAUGUGACGCGACGAGAAUAUUGUUAAUAUUUAUUUGGAAAAUCAAAAUUAAUAUAUUAUAAUAAAAUCAAGUUUAUUUACUUUAUUGUAUAAGUUUAUUUGCAUAAGCAUAUUCCUGUCAAAACACGGUGCAAUUAUCUAUAGUUACUGAUUAUUCAGUGUGAGCUAGAAUUAAUUAAGAUUUUAUAAUGCAAUUAGAUGUAGUUUAUUUUACCUACUUACAAUAUUGAUGAUUACUGUUGAGUAUACUGUACACAUGAUUCUGGUUCGAAUAAAUUGCGUUAGUAAUAA